GGUCGCGGGGCCACUAUACUAUAGCUGCGGAACACGUCACCGCCAUGGGGCCCCACAAUGACAGGGGCCCCAGCUGUGCACUCCUCCAGCUUCCUGAUUGUAGAGCAAGACAAUUUUUCUGCAGCCACCACUAGGGGCGCUGUGUGCACACAGGUUUAUCCCCGUCCAUUGAGUGUCAUUGGUAACUGUAUAAAUUCCUUUGCCCAGAGCUCCCCCUAGAGGCGGCUGCAGGCGUCGUUGUGAAGAAGAAGGGAUGGAGGGGUUAAGUCCUCAGACCCGUGACAACCCGGUGCUGCGGUGCGUUCUGGAGGGAAAUGCGGACGCUCUACAAUCCGUCUUUGAGGAUCCGGCAGAUGAUCAGCAGGAGAUCUGCAGCAGAUUCCUUAUAGAAGAAGAUCUUCUGGGGAGGACCCCCCUGUUCCUGGCCUGUAUAUUGGGCCGCACAGAGGUGGUGAAGGUGUUGGUGAAAUAUGGAGCCGAUGUGAACCAACAAACCGCACGAGGAUAUUCUCCGUUGCAUUGUGCUGCAGCUUGGAGUCAGGUGGAUGUACUAAAGGCUCUUGUCGACUUAGAAGGGGACAUAUUUCUCCACAAUUUCUGCGGCGAGAAGGCGAGUGACAUCGCGACUAGAUACGACAAGACAGAAUGUGCGGAUUUCCUGAAGUGGGCCGAAGCCAAAUUUGCCUUAAAAUCUUAUAUCAGCUUCAUCCAGCAGACGAUCGCGGACCCGGAGAAAGUUCACGGGAAACUUCAUAAAGAUGACAAGAACCAGGCGCUCGUCGCUUGCAAAGCAAAAAACGAAUGGCUGCAGAACGCCAAGGACCCGACGACGCAGGACUUCGUGGAUCAGAAGCGUCAGCUGGAGGACGCAGUCCAGGCCGUCUUCACUAAGCUGAAUACACCACGAGCAGAAACUGGAAAGUCCAAACAGUGACAUCACCGAUCUUCAUUCCAUUCUGCAUCAUCUACCUGUAAAUAGGGACGUCAUGCAAUGUCAGACUGUAAGCUACCCCCCCCACCACCACCACCAACAAUAGUUGACAUUUAUAUUGUAACUUAAAAAUAAAAAAAGUGAAAAACACAAAC